AUGAGUGGAUUUGACGGUUAACCAGUAUAUUAUGUUUAUUAAAAUUUAUAAAAUGAUGAAGCAUUAGGUUAAAAUGUCCAAACAAACCUAUAACAAGCCCUUGAAGAAUAUAAGAAAUUCUUUUAAAACUGGCUUAUAAAUAACUAAAAAGUAUAUAUAUUAAGUAUGAGUUAAGCUUAUGAAUCUGGAAAAAAAGCUUUUAAUGUAUUACUCGAAGAUAUAUGUAUAUAUAACGACCAUUACUAUUAAUAUUUAAUAAAUAAGCCUAAUGAAUUUACUCCUAUAUUAGAAAGAGCAGCUUCUGAAGCAUUUUAUGCAUCUACAAACAAAAAAUAUUAAUUUUAAGUACUUUUAAUAAGCACCUAAUAUCCAAAGAAUUUGCGCGACAUAAAAGCCUCUUCAAUUGGAAAAUUAAUAACAGUAUCUGGAAUUAUAACACAUGCUUCUAAACCUUACAUAAGAAGUAAAGAAGUAUAUGUAGAAUGUUCAAAAUGUCAUCAUGUUAAAUAAAUAGAAGUCUCCUAAGGAUUAGGAAGUGUAUAUGUUCCUGCUUUUUGUGAAAGAUAAGGUCCUAUAACAGAGAAAUGUCCUAGAGAUUCUUACGUUAUAAUAACUGAAAAUUGCACUGUUUUUGAUUAAUAGCGUUUAAAAUUGUAAGAAAGUCCCGAAAGCAUACCUACAGGAGAAAUUCCUCGUACCUUUUCUUUAUGUGUGGAAAGAAGCUUGAUUAAUAAAUUUAGUCCAGGUACAAGAGUUAUAUUAACUGGUAUUUAUUAAGUUUUAGAAAGAAAAGUUUUAACAGAAAAAUAUAUUUCUUAAAAUUAGCAAAAAAUGAAUUACAUUUAAGUUGUUGGAUACUAAUUGGAAGAUGAAGUUAAAAGAAAAAAUAUCAAUUUUACUAAUUCAGAAGAAGAAAAGUUUAAAGAAAUGUCCAAAGAUCCUUUUAUUUAUGAAAAAAUUGCCUAAUCGAUCGCACCCUCAAUUUACGGACAUGAAAAUAUAAAAAAAGCUAUUGCUUGUUUACUUUUUGGGGGUUCAAAAAAAUUACUUUAAGACGGUUUAAGAUUAAGAGGAGAUAUUAAUAUUGGUGAUCCAAGUACUGGUAAAUCUCAAUUUUUAAAAUUCGUAUAAAGGAUAGCUUCAAACGCAAUAUAUACAAGUGGAAAAGGAAGUUCAGCAAGUGGUUUAACCGCAAGUAUUACAAAAGACUUAUCAACAGGAGAAUUCUAAAUAGAAGGAGGAGCAAUGGUAUUGGCAGACGGCGGAGUAGUAUGUAUAGACGAAUUUGAUAAAAUGAGGGCCGAAGAUCGAGUAGCUAUACAUGAAGCGAUGGAAUAAUAAACUGUAAGUAUAGCCAAAGCAGGAAUAACAACUAAAUUAAAUACAAGAUGUAGUGUAUUAGCAGCAGCAAAUCCUAUAUUUGGUUCAUAUAAUGAUAUGUAAAGUGUGGAUGAAUAAAUAGAAUUACAAACUACAAUUUUGAGUAGAUUUGAUUCCAUAUUCAUAGUAAGAGAUCCUAAAACAAAAGAUAAUGAUAUGAGAAUAGCUGAUCAUGUUUUAAAUUUGCAUAUGAAUAAUAAUAAUAAAAAACACAUGGAGGAAGAAUUAGAUUAAGAAAAUUAAUCAGAAAUUGACUUGGAAACAUUAAGGAAAUACAUAGCCUAUGCAAAGGCGAAAAUACAUCCACGAUUGACUGAAAGAUCAUCAGAAAAAAUCCAAAAUUUAUAUGUGGAAGAUAGAAAAUUAUCUCAAUAAGGAAAAUCUUCCAAAAAAAAUCAUAUUCCGAUCACUGUUCGUUAAUUGGAAGCUAUUAUUAGACUAAGUGAAGCUAUUGCGAAAAUUUAAUUAAGUGAAGAUGUAAAUGAAGAUCAUAUUAAUAAAGCUCAUGAAUUGUUCCAAUAUUCUACUAUGAAUGCGAUUUAAAACGGAAGAGAAUUAGGCUUUGAAUUACCUCAAGAAUUAUAAGGGUUGUCACUUAAAAUUGAAGAAGCUAUCAAAAGAAGAGUAGCUAUUAAUUCGAAGGUUGAUUGUUCAAAACUUAAAGAAGAGAUGGUUAUUAGAUGGAGUAAUUAGAGAGCUGUAGAAUAUACUAUUAAUAAUAUGAUUAAAAAUUAAGAUUUUAGAUAAAUUGAAGGUAAAAAAGUUUUACUAAGGAUAAAAUGA